AUGACUUCCUCAGAAACCGCAAACGCCCUCAAGACUCUCAGAGAGCACUAUGACAGCGCUACCAUGGAAGCUCAGAUGCUGUACGCUUCAAAGACUAUGAUGCCACACCUAAUCAAGCCUCUUCCUACGCAAAUGGGGAUAUCUGAAAAGACUUCAACGCCUGUGAAAUUCCUGGAUAAUGCUUGUGGAAGUGGUGUCUUGACACAUGCGGUCCAGCAGGUUUUGCCGAAGGAUAUACUCGAAAAGAGCACGUUUCUAUGUGCUGAUGCUUCGGACGGUAUGAUCAGUGUGGCAAAGAAGAGACUUGACGCUGAAGGAUGGGUUAAUACAGAGGUUAAGAAGUUGGAUGCGACAAACACUGGACUCCCUGAGAAUUCAUUCACGCAUGUUGGUCUUGGUCUAGCACUCCAUGUCAUCCCUGAUCCAAAUGCCGUCCUAGCUGACGCCAAACGCAUCCUCAAACCAGGAGGCAUCUUCGGUGCAACAACUUUCCACAAAGACAACACAUUCUGGCUACCCGACAUACGCACAGCAUUCGCGUCAUUUCCUUUUGAAGCCAAACUACCUGAAGUCAUGAAGAUGCAAAUGCACGACCAAGGGGACUGGACAAACCCCGCAUGGAUCGAAGAACACUUAAAGAAAGAAGGGUUUCAAGAUGUGAAAGUGACUGCGCAUGAUGACAGCUACACUAUUGAAAGUGCAGAGGACUAUAUAUUGCAGUUUGGAAUGAUGCUGGGUUGGCUGAUGAAGACUUGGUGGAGUGAGGAAGUACAGAGGGAGCAUCCGCUGGAGGAGGUUAAGGAGUUGUUGAGGAGGCAUUUGGUCGAGAAACAUAAGGGAAAGGGAUGGGAUAUUGAGUUCAAAGUGAUUUGUAUGACUGGGAGAGUUGGUUAA